ACGACACGUUCCAGAAGAGUAUAAAAGGGAGACUCCUUGCUGGAAAUACUUUGAUAUUUCAACUAUUCACAAAAUCCCUGGUAACAUCGUCUGGUAACAGCAAAGGUCCUGCUUGGAGGUUUCCAAUUCAUCCACAAGAAUUCCGUUUGGUAGCAAAGGAGUGAACUCCCCAAUCCUUCCUUCCGCAAUUAACCUGCCACUGGCUGCGUGAUGGCUGCAUCCGAGAGCGAGGGGGGUUCUCAAAAAUUACGAUUUGCCUUCUGGCUGAUUAAGCAGAUCAACAGCGAAAACUACGAGGGGCUCCGCUGGGUAGACAGGGACCACACUCAGUUUCGCAUCCCCUGGAAACACACUUCCAGGAAGGAUAUCAACCCUAACGAUUACAAGAUUUUCAAGGCCUGGGCUAUAACCAGCGGAAAGUACAACGAAAAGCUGAAAGAUCUAGCCAAGUGGAAAACCAACUUCCGCUGUGCCAUGAGAAGCACAAACAUGUUCCUGAUGGUGCAGGAUAACUCAAAGACCUCUGAGGACCCUCACAAAGUGUAUCAAUACAUCAGCCCAAGCCCCGAUGCUGUGGCAGCUGCUAAUGCCCCGACUACUAAAAACAAUAACCUGCGUGCCAGUAAAGAAGACAUCAGCCCCCAUUCUGAAGAAGCCCCUCAUCUGCACCACCAUAUGCCACAGCAACUGCAGCCGCAGAUAGAAUUAGAUUUGGAGAUGUUGUCGCUGGAAAACCCUCCCCAAGAGAUGGAUAGCGUGCAGAACGAAAGGCCAGUCUACGACCCUGGCAGGAAUCCUCCCCAGGACUACACCACCAAUAAUUCGGCCCCAAAUGGCUACCAGUGCAGCCCCAACACACUCCACUGGAUUCUGCAGCAGUGCAACUUAACCCAGAAUGGCUGCAGCCCACAGCAGCUGCCGUGGGCUCUGGAGGGAGGUUUAGAUCACGGUUCAGGCUAUCCAAACCAACAUAUUGGCCAAAAUAGCUACCCACAGCAGGGGAGCGGGGUGGCAAAUGGACCAGUGGAGGACUAUCACCAAUCAAUUGGCCAGUGGGUGACCCAAACCAUGGCAGAGACCCAAACCAUGCAAAAUGCUUAUGGCCCUUCUGCUGCCUCACUUCUCCAGCAGCCCCUCCCAUCCAGCACAGUUCCUGGCACGAGUCAGCUUCUUAAUAACGCAGCGGAAGUCCUGUUUGAGGGGAGACCUCACCUCAAUAACCAAAGCACUUUCCUGAGUGAAGCACCUGCAGGAAACGCACUGAUCUAUCCAACACUGAAUGGCCCGGAAGAGAACAGUUAUCACCAGCUGGCAAAUCAGUGGGCAGCCCCAGCAGUGGUGGAGCAGAACGGGUUCACCCAGCCUGCUGCCCCUCUCCCAGAGCAGCAUCCUCCUCCCCACACAGCGCCAUCGCGGAACAAUACAGAAACCAUUCCUCCCAAUAUGGACGUCACCAUCUAUUACCGAGGGAAGCCACUCCACGAGGUGCAGGUGGCCACCAGCAGCUUCCUGUUCACGUACAAUAAUGAAGACACCACCGUUGUCCCGGGCUGCGCGCAGGUGGUCCAAUUCCCAAGCCCAGAUGAGCUGCCUGACCAGAAACAGGUUCAGUUCACCAGGCAGCUGCUCCUGAACACAGGGCUGCUGCUGGAGCAGAAGCACAAGAAGAUCUAUGCCAAGCGCCUGAAUAAAUGCAAGGUCUUCUGGGCCCUCUCCAGGCAACUGGCGAACAUGGCUCAGAACCCUGAGCCCAAGCUGCUGCCACGUGGCACAGAGACGGAGAUCUUCGACUAUGAGGUGUUCUCAAAGGAGCUGAAGGAUUUUAAGGAACAUCAAAGGGCUGCAUCUCCCGACUUCACCAUCUACCUUUGCUUUGGGCAGUGCUUCUCCAAAUCCAAGCCCAAGGAGACCAUGUUAAUCCUGGUGAAGCUGGUGCCUAAGUUCUGUGAGUAUUUCCACGACAUGGUGCUGCGGGAGGGAGCCUCGUCCCUGAACAGCGGGAACGUGAGCCUCCAGCUGUCCAGCUGCUUCAACAGCUUGUAUGACCUCAUUGAGCAGUUCAACAUGCAGAUUGACUGAACCUUCUCCCCUCCCUAGGACCCGAUCUGCAUGUGCAUUGGCCAGUCCUUGUCUAGGUCUCUGCCUGACUGGCCUGCCUUUGAAAACACUUCUGCCUUUCCCUCACCCACUUGCAUCAGUUUGCUCCCAUCAGAAAACAUGCGGGUGAGAUGAUGGGUGGCCUUGUGGCUUAGCCACAUCACUGGGACUCAGUAAAGCUGGGUUCAAUCUCUGCUGUGCCACUGGCCUUCUUAGUGACCUUGGGCAAGUCACUGCAUCUGGGCCUCACUUUCCCCAUCUGUAAAAUGGGAAUAAUUCCUUACCUCACAGGGUUGUUGUGAGGAGAAAUGCAUGUGAAGUGCUCAGAUAUUAUGGCAAUAGACAACUCAGCCUUCCCCACUCUGGGCCACCAAUUGAAAAUAGAGAUUUUUUUUCCCCCCAGCUGAAACAAACAGACUACCAGACACUGUGCUCUGAAGGUAGAAGCAAGAGAAUCUUCCUCUGUUUCAGGAUGUCAGCAAGAAAGUCAGGGUGUGGGGGUGUGGGGGAAGAGGAGGCAGGAAGGGGAAUACUCUUCUACAGCACUGCCAUGUAAUGAUCUUGUGGAGCUGGCUGGAUUUUAAGCUGGGUGAGGGUUUUUUUUUUUUUUUUUUAAGAAAUGGGGAUGUUGACGCUGGGGGCGGGGGGGAAUCCUUACCACCCGUUGCUGAAGUGAGCGAAGCAGGAACCCUUGGGGUGGAUUGUACAAUAGCCCUGGCCAGCUCUCCUGGGAUCACAGGGUUAGUACAAGGUGAGCUAAUCUGUCGGACAGAGGCUAAGGCCCAGCUCCUAACGUCCGUUGAUUUGAAUGGAAGUUCAGAGCCUAAAUACUUGGGGAGCUGGGCUUUAAUCAGUUGAUAAACCAUUAUGGAAAAAUCUCCACCCAGGACUAGGAACAGGGGAGGGACCCCUAUAGAAGAGAGAGACUCCAUGUUCUCCCCAGGCUCUGUCCCUUUCAAGCGCUCGCCUGUCAGAGGUCUGUGAAAUGGAAGCACCCAUGGUCACGUCGAUCUGCGAGUGACUGCAGCUGUGUGCAAGGAGUGUACAGAAGGCUGAAGUAAGCAAGCUCUAGGAGGGCUGCUUUAAACAGCUGGCCCAUGCCUCAAGCCCUCCCCUUACCACAAUGCGAGGAGAGGGGAAAGAAGGAGAAUGAGUAACACCCUGAACAGUGUAGCAGAGGGGAGGCCCGGAAGCCACCACAGAGGCUGGUCCUGCUCCCAAUGGAAUUUUGCCAUUGACUUUCCUGGGAGCAGGAUCAGUCCUAUUCCAAAGUAGCUUGCGCCCCCAAAUGUGGCUGGCUAAUAAAUUAAAGUUUAUAGCUCAACCCUGUAUUUUAACCUCUCCACACUCUGCCUGAGGUCAGUCUGCAGGCCCAGCUGCGCUCAGGCCUUGUGCAUGUUGUAUGAGCCCAUGCGCCCUACAACUCCUUGUCAUCCUUGAGCACGGAGCUGCAUCUGCCCGAACCAAGUCACACCGACAACACCCCACAUCAUUCUUUGCCAGCUUCUUGCCCCAUAAAGCACAUUCACACAAGAGAAAUGCACUCCAUGUUGAUGUAGGAUAAUCCACCAUACCGCCUCCCUAUCCCUUUUUCUGUCCCACUUCCCUCGGACACCACAGCACGCACGUGCUGGCUUGCAGUCAUCUGAUGAGCACACAGCAUAUAUAGGCACAGAUCCAUAAAGCUGGCACUUUCCUAACCAUACAUGCUCAGGGUAACCAGUUGUUUUAAUGGGCAUAGGCCAGCAAUUCUUAAACUAUGGUUCACGCUUUAUUUUUUUAACUGCAGCGUAGCCAAAAUCUCAAUUCAUUAAUUGCCUUUCAAACAGCUGCACAGGCACUAAGUACCGCCGGUGCUUUCCCCAUGUUAACAAUUGCGCUAGUUGCCACCAUGAUGUUGUGCAAUCACAGCAACGAAGCCUGUGCAGCGGGAUGGGUCAUAAGACAUUAGGUCAUGACCAACACUGGAUCAGUAUGGGAAGGCCUACUGCUGUAGGCUACUGUUACGCAAGCAGUUUGGACUCUGACAGGAGACCUGUAUGAAACUGACAUCACACACUGGGCAUUAUUUUUUCCUCCAAAAGCAACUACAGAUGUUAGCUUUAGGACCCUUCCAUGUCCUAGCUUAGCUCUGUUAUUGCUAAGACACCUGAGUAUCACCAUGGUAUCUGAGCACUGAGCAUCUGUGGAAAGCAGCAAGAGGGAGAUGACGAGUGUAUCUUCCUCUUUUUGCCACCCCACAAUUCUGAGCUGUCUAUAUUUAUUGUGUUAACGCGGUUCUGGGUAGUUUCAAUUAUAUUAAUUUUAAAUUUCUUGCAUUCCAUGAGCUUAGUAACUGAGGCAGUAAAUGAGUGCCAAUUCGCUUGGUCAUUGCAAUGUGUGUGUGUAUUACACACACACACGAAGGUUGGCAUCCACACCAGCAGCUCUGAUUGCUUCCUCCUUGUCCUUUAAAGGCUGCUUAGAUCUUUAUACAUGUCAUCCUGACUGAGCUGUGAGGAACAAAAAUGCAAGUGUCUCAAGGUCUGAUGGCUAAAAGUUUGAUUUAAAUAGAAAAAUGAAUAGAUUCCAAGAAGUCUCAUCCUCUGCCCUUCCUUUGACCAGCCAAGGGCAUUUUAAGAAAAAGGGGUGGGGGAUAGAAAUCAGGGAAGCAGGUCUUCCCAAACCUAUGCACUGAUGGAGCCCAACAUGCCUUACAAAGGGUGAGUGAAAUCCUGGCCCUGCUGAAUCAAUGGGCGUCCUGCCAUUGACAUCAGAGGGGCCUGGAUUUCACCUGGUGUGUCUGGUAGAAUGUUAAGCACUAAUAUUAAAGUAUAAUUUAUAGAACACAUGCCCCGCUGUGGUACUUUCCCUAGGUUUUCUUUAUUGCUUAGGUUGCAUAAGUAAGUUGUGCAUGUUUGGUUUUUAGCUUCCUUUUAUUAGCACGGGGGCUCUGGGUUUCAUCCAAAUGGAUUUUGACUUAAAUUUUCAAAAGUGAUUUUGGGGGAAAUUUUUUAAAAGGGCCUGACUGUCAGAACAUGCAGAGCACCUGCUCUCUCAAAGGCUGUCAAGCCAGCACCCACAAACUGAGCCCACCCCACCCCCCCACAAAUCACUAGUAAAUGGGUAUGUGCACAACUGCCUGCUCCUAGGUGAAAUGUCACCUGUUUGACAGGUUCCCAUCAGGGGUUAACCUAGAUGACCAGCACCUGAGCAGCCGGAGAGGCCUUUGGCUUUGCAGCUGUACUGCAACUUCCAAAUAGAAGCAAAUCCCUUUACAUGGGCUAGGGUUUAAUUCAGUUGGUGUCAGUCCAGCCCUCUCCCGGCCAGCCUGAGGCUGGAGAGGGGCUCUCCUCCUGACAUCUUGUACUGGAGUUCAUGUUUACACAAGGGGGUUGGUCUUUGCUGCUGCUGGCCUCACAGAAGUAGUUCCAGCACUAGCAGAAAAGCUUUAGGGCUCUGAUCUGGCUCCAGUUAAAUUCAGUGGCCAAAGUGUGUGUUUUCAGGGGGAGGUGAAUUAGCCUCAAGAGGCUGCUUGCCUAUAGCAUGAGGAGGAGAUGGACAAGGGCAAGAGAAGGGAUUGGGGGGCAGGGGGAAGACAUGAAAGCAGCAGGUCAAGGUGAGCAGGGGUGAAAAGAGCCCCACACACAACUGGCCCCAAGCCCCUUUUCCCUCUUCUCUAUAGAGCAGCAGCAGAUCUGGUGCCUCCCAGAGCUGUCUUCUAGCUCAGGUGUUGAAGACUUUAAGUAACAUUUGACUUUAUUAAUAUGCCUUUUUCUAAUGUCAUGUCUCAUGCAGCCCCAGGGUGUUUGCACUCUCUGUAGAGCAGGCAUUGCAUUAUCUGGGAGAGGAUUGCACAGCCUGAGAACGCUCCCUGGUUAAGGAGAUGGUAGCCUGACACGGCGUAACUUGUGUAGCAAUGUUAGUGCAGUGUGUGGGUGGGAUGGUUGAGUCACAAGCAGUGUCGUGGAUUUUAUGGAGCGUGUCUAGACAUUGCAAAGGAGUCAGAGUCUCGCUCAUGUGAGCAUGUGUAGCUCCAGCCAAGUCAAUGCAGCUCCAGAGCCGGCCCACUGAAUUUAAUUUAGGCAGAGAGCGAAACAUCUGGGUUCUCAAACUGGGGGUCGUGACCCCUCCGGGGGGUCACAAGAUUAUUUCGGGGGGCCGUUGCGAGCUGUCAGCCUCACACAUGUCGGGGCUCCAGCUAUCAACCCCCAGGUGUGCUAGGGCUCCGGCUGUCAGCCCACGCCCUUUACAGCUGGGUGGCUGGAGAGCAGGGGCUGCUGGCCAGGCUCGCAGCAUUGAAGGCAGCAGCUGCGCAGAAGUAAGGGUGGCAUAGUAUGGUAAGGAGGGGGGUCGUCACUUUUUUGGGGGGGGGGGGUCAUCACAGUCUGAAAUAUUUUCAAAGAGGGUCCCAGCAAAAAAAAGUUUGAGAAUCCCUGAGCUUGAGAAUGUGCUGGCAGGGAACUGAGCAAGAGACCCCACCCCCCCCACCCCAUCUACAGUGCAGCUCCUAUCCAAGCACAACUGUAUGUCGGUGUUGGUCUGACUGCACAUGCCAUGCUGCAUAGUCAUGUUUGUAGCCGUACGUUAUGGACAGCUAUCCCACUCUGACUCAGCUGCUGGGGGAGAGGGGCAGAAGAUUGUGGGUGUUUAAUAAGGCCCAAUGAGCUUUAGGGCAGGCUGACCUCCCACUCACACAGCGAGGAGGCAGGAGAACUGGCUGGCAUUGCACACACGGUUAGGUGGUUAUCUGCUGUAAUGAGGAAGGACCAUUUAGAACCUAGUUACAGCCUAAUAAUGAUGUUCAUGAGAAAAAUCAAAGCAUGGUGUAUCCAACAUGAUUACGUUGCCAACAGCGUGUGUGGACAUGAACUGGGUAGGGAGGCAGCCGCAGUACAAGCUGUACGGUAGAAGGGCCUCUCGCUAUUGCCAUGAAAUGCCAAGCUGAUCCGAGUUGGGUGCUACAGAUUAUUCUGCCUUUUUAGUAACAUGACCCUUGUGAUUUGAUUUUAAAAUGCUUAACUCCCAUCAAUCACAGAUUCAGGGGGGAUUUAUUGUGUUCUCUCACACCCCAGUUGUGAUCAUGGGAGUUCCACAUAAAGCAACACGUUAAAGCCUUUCAUUUUCCUUCUCUCCAAAACUUGGGCAGCAGAAGGAAGUAGGAAAUAAAAGGACACUAAUGACCAGCUUCUUCAUGCUAAGUCAGAAAAUCAAAUUUCAUGGCUCAGCAUCUGCACUGCACCUUUGGGAGGCAAUCAAUGUGGGUGUGUUAAUUAAAUAUGGAUUUUUGUAGUGUACUUUUUGAUACUUGGUUAAUUACUGCUCCUUCCCAUAUGAUGGAAUAAACGGGCUGCUUCCCCAGAGGUUGUAAACUGGCAUAGCUCUCCUGACACAAAUAAUGCUUUCAGCAAAUCCGAAGACCCGGAAGUUCUGGUUCUUCAUUAACAGGCGUGAGGUGAAUAAUGUUUCUUAGUGAGGAAACAGGGCCUUGAUCCGAAGCUUAACAGGAGCCUUUCCAAAGGCUUUCACUGGGCUUUGGAUCCAGCUGCUAAUGUAUCACAAAAUCUGAAAGCUUCUUUCCAUCUUGAUUUAAGAAAUGUUUCUUAGAACCGUAACUGAGGUAAACUGUAAUUCUGUUCUAACGCCAGGUCAGUUUUCAUAUUUUGUGCCCAUUUCUUGUGUGUAUUCUGAGUAGUGCAAACCUUUCAGCUACUGAUGUGAGCGAAGCUCUCUGUUCACAUUGCCUGUGCCGAAGCAUAGAUAAGUGCCCUUUUCCCCUCUUGGGUCUGUGUAAAUAAACUGACAUUCCACUGUC